GUGAGUGGGAGGCAUUUUGAUUUGAGAAUGGCAUCAGCGUGUCUGAAAUUGAGAAAUUUGAGCAGAGGAGGAGGAGCAUUUAGGUGUGGGCGUUAUUCGAAGUUGAUACAUGCAGAGAGAGAGAGAGAAGAAGAAGAAGAGGAGGUGCCGAGUUCUAGAAUCUCUAGGCCGCUCUCUGAAAUACUGAAAGAGCUGAACAAGAAAGUACCGGACUCCCUCGUCAAAACCCGCCUCCAGAAAGAUCAAGAUGCCUCCCCCAUCAGAUUCAUUCCCUGGCAUGUUGUCAAUCGCAUUUUGAACUUACACGCUCCUGAGUGGUCUGGUGAGGUUCGGAAUAUCACCUAUUCCGCCGAUGCCAAGUCUGUCUCCGUUGUCUACCGAGUUACCCUUUAUGGGACUGAUGCUGAGAUAUUUAGGGAAUCAACUGGUACUGCUUCAGUAGACGACACAAGUUAUGGAGAUCCUGUACAGAAGGCAGAAGCAAUGGCUUUUCGUAGAGCUUGUGCACGCUUUGGACUGGGGCUCCACCUUUAUCAUGAAGAUGCAUCAUAAUUAACCAGCAGUUCUGCUUCUCAGCUUCAAUGUUUUGAUGAUGGCCAUCGUUUUCUUUUUUGCCUAUAGUUAUGAUCAUUUGUGAUCAUAUUGCAACACUAGAAGGGAAAUAUUUUGUUGUAACCUGAUGGAGACCUACUAAGCUUCAAUCACUGUAUGCAAGGUUUGCCAUAUUUUUUAUCCUUUGAACUUCUCCAGUUAUCUGCCAUGCAAUUGGGAGAAUUUAUGUUCUAUUACACAUCUGAUGUAGAACAGUUAGAACAGUUUUAUGCAACCUCGUUCAUUGUGGUAUGUAAUGCUAACGGCUGUACUUAUGACAUA